AUGGGAGUAUCGGAGAAUUCAAGGGGGCUAAUUCUAGCAAUAGCAUCAAGUGUGUUUAUAGGGUCAAGCUUCAUUUUGAAGAAGAAAGGACUCAAACGAGCUGGUGCAAAUGGUACUCGCGCAGGAGUUGGAGGUUAUACUUACUUGCUAGAGCCGCUAUGGUGGGCAGGCAUGGUGACAAUGAUUGUUGGGGAGGUUGCGAAUUUUGUGGCUUAUGUUUAUGCUCCUGCAGUUCUAGUUACCCCGCUUGGUGCACUGAGUAUAAUUAUCAGUGCGGUUUUGGCACAUUUCAUGUUGAAGGAACGGCUGCAGAAAAUGGGUGUUGUAGGAUGUGUAUCUUGCGUUGUUGGAUCAGUAGUGAUCGUAAUCCAUGCACCUCAAGAGCAUACUCCUAGUUCUGUACAAGAAAUCUGGAUUUUGGCAACCCAACCAGCAUUUCUAAUAUAUGUAGCAGCUACACUUUCAAUAGUGUUAGCUCUGAUUUUGCACUUUGAACCUCGCUGUGGGCAGACAAACAUAUUGGUUUACUUGGGAAUAUGUUCUUUAAUGGGAUCGCUAACGGUUGUAAGCAUAAAAGCCAUUGGAAUCGCAAUAAAGUUGACAUUGGAAGGGAUAAAUCAGAUAGCUUAUCCUCAGACUUGGUUUUUCCUUUCAGUUGCAGUGAUUUGUGUCAUCACACAGUUAAAUUACCUGAACAGGGCAUUGGAUACAUUCAAUGCAGCAAUUGUUUCUCCGGUGUAUUAUGUAAUGUUUACAACUCUGACCAUCAUUGCCAGUGCUAUAAUGUUUAAGGAUUGGUCUGGUCAAAAUGUGAGCAGCAUAGCCUCUGAGCUAUGUGGAUUUAUCACUGUUGUUUCAGGAACAGUCAUACUCCAUGCGACAAGAGAACAUGAACCAGCUCCGCCUAUAGGAACUGUAACAUGGUAUGUUAGUGCGGAUUCUCUCAAGGGUGUUGAAGAACAUUUAAUUACUGUACAGAAUUCAGAUGAGCAAUGA